GUAAAGAAAAUUGCAUUUUUGCUCCCACAAGGACACCCCAUUUAUCCACUAUGGAUUACGAAAGGAUCCAAAAGCCUCAGGGUGGUGGGGGAUUUUCACCGGGAAAAUUGAGGAGCAUGCUACUGGGUGUGGAGAAGAAGAGGAAAGAAGAGGAAGAGCUUGAUUCUACUUUCACCACGAGAUCUCAAAAUUCAGACAUGGAUGAAACUGGUGGAAGCGGUUCUGAUCAUUGUAAAGAUGUAGAUGUUGUGAGUGUUCUUCCUGAAUAUUCAACUUCUGCUAUAGUUCGCACCAGUAGCAUUGAGGCAGUUGUUGGUGAUCGUUUUGUGAAGGCUAAUACAGCAGUGACUUCAAGGAAUAAAAUCUUAGAAGAUCCUUCUUUAGAUUAUGAUAGUGGGAAUGAUAAUAUGAGCAUGUCCUCAUCAGUGUUUGAAUUUCAAAAGGCCGAGCGGGCUCCACAGAGAGUUCCAGUGGGGCCAUUCUCAAAACCAGCACCAUCUAAAUGGGAUGAUGCCCAGAAGUGGAUAGCAAGUCCAACAUCAAACAGGCCAAAGACUGCACAGACCCAGGGGCAAGGUGGGCAUGUAGGACUGCGUAAGGCUGGUAGUCUUGGUUAUGGAAGCCGGCAAUCUUCAAUGAAGGUUGUUGUUGAAGUUCCAGAUCAAAGAGAAAUUGCUUUAGAUGAACCAGAUACUAAGCAAAUUGAUACAAAUCAAACUAAGAUGGAAAGUGGAGGACAGAAAUUUGUGAGUUGGGAGGCUGAUCCAUAUGCAAUUGCAAGUUCUUGUGUUAGUCUUAGCCAGCACAAUUCAUCUCUUGCUGUCCAGAAUGCAACAACAUUUGUUCCUCCCCCUUCAACAGCUCGGUCUGUAUCAAUGAGAGAUAUGGGAACCGAAAUGACCCCUAUUGCUAGCCAGGAGCCUUCAAGAACAGGUACCCCUGUGAGGGCAACAACACCAAUGCGCAGCCCUAAUUCUUCCCGGCCUUCCACUCCCCCCAGAUCCUCCCCUGCAUCUACUUUAACUGAUCUACAUAGUGACAAUAUGAAUCUCAACAAGAAUGAAUUGUCGGAAAAGGAGCUACAAAUGAAAACCAGGCGAGAAAUAAUGGUCCUUGGGACACAACUAGGUAAAAUGAAUAUUGCUGCCUGGGCUAGCAAAGAAGAGGAAGAUAAGGAUGCAUCCACUUCCCUGAAAACAAAAGCAGAACCACCUAAGAGUGUUGUUGAAGCACGUGCAGCAGCAUGGGAGGAAGCUGAGAAGGCCAAGUAUAUGGCCAGGUUUAGGCGUGAGGAGAUGAAAAUUCAAGCAUGGGAAAAUCAUCAGAAAGCAAAAACAGAAGCCAAGAUGAAAAAAAUUGAGCUUCGAAUCCUAAUAUGGAAGAAUAUGUUAGUCAGCCUAACAAAGGCAAUAUCUGUAAGUGGACAGUUUACUGAAGCAUGUCAAACUGAGAUGUUUCUUAUGAUAUUGACUAGUGAUAAGGAGUUUAGGGAAUUUUGUGAAGUGUGGAAGUGGAAGAGGAUCGACCUUCCAAGACGAAUGCCUGGAUUGAGUGAUGUAGGGGAGGUACAGAAAUGA